AUGCCCAUACAGAUAUUCUGCUCUGUGUCAUUCUCCUCUGGAGAGGACGCCCCAGGGACCUUGGGAGAUGUUUGGGGUCCACAGCAGCAGCAGCAGCAGCAGCACAACUCAGAAUCAGAAGCGGAGAAAGAGGCAAAGGAAAAGGAGGCAGAAAGGGAGGAGGUCAACGAGGGGGAUCCGCCCGUGGACUUGGUGGCCUUUGCGAAGAGCUGCACCCUCCAUGGCGCCAGCCACAUCUUUGUGGAAGGGGGUCUGGGGCCAAGACAGGCCCUGUGGGUAGUGGCCUUUGUCCUGGCACUGGGUGCCUUCUUGUGCCAGGUAGGGGACCGCGUUGCUUAUUACCUCAGCUACCCGCACGUGACUCGGCUAGAUGAAGUGGCCACCACAGAGCUGGCCUUCCCAGCAGUCACCCUCUGUAACACCAAUGCUGUGCGGCUUUCCCAGCUCAGCUACCCUGACUUGCUUUAUCUGGCCCCCAUGCUGGGACUGGAUGAAAGUGAUGACCCUGGGGUGCCCCUUGCUCCACCGGGGCCUGAGGCCUUCUCUGGGGAGCCCUUUAACCUGCACCGCUUCUACAAUCGUUCCUGCCACCGGCUGGAGGACAUGCUGCUCUAUUGCUCCUACUGCGGGGGGCCCUGUGGCCCUCACAACUUCUCAGUGGUCUUCACACGGUAUGGAAAAUGCUACACGUUCAACUCGGGCCGAGAUGGGCGGCCGCGGCUGAAGACCAUGAAGGGUGGGACGGGCAAUGGGCUGGAAAUCAUGCUGGACAUCCAGCAGGACGAGUACCUGCCUGUAUGGGGGGAGACUGAUGAGACAUCCUUUGAAGCGGGCAUCAAGGUGCAGAUACACAGUCAGGAUGAACCUCCUUUCAUCGACCAACUGGGCUUUGGUGUAGCCCCAGGCUUCCAGACCUUUGUGGCCUGCCAGGAGCAGAGGCUUAUCUACCUGCCCCCGCCCUGGGGCACCUGCAAAGCUGUUACCAUGGACUCGGAUUUGGAUUUCUUCGACUCCUACAGCAUCACCGCUUGCCGCAUCGACUGUGAGACACGCUAUCUAGUAGAGAACUGCAACUGCCGCAUGGUGCACAUGCCAGGGGACGCCCCCUAUUGCACUCCGGAGCAGUACAAGGAGUGUGCGGAUCCUGCUCUGGACUUCCUGGUGGAGAAGGACCAGGAGUACUGCGUGUGUGAAAUGCCCUGCAACCUGACCCGCUAUGGCAAGGAGCUGUCCAUGGUCAAGAUACCCAGCAAAGCCUCAGCCAAGUACCUGGCUAAGAAGUUCAACAAGUCUGAGCAGUACAUAGGGGAGAACAUCUUGGUGCUGGACAUUUUCUUUGAAGUCCUCAACUAUGAGACCAUUGAACAGAGGAAGGCCUAUGAGAUUGCAGGGCUCCUGGGUGACAUUGGGGGCCAGAUGGGGCUGUUCAUCGGGGCCAGCAUCCUCACAGUGCUGGAGCUCUUCGACUACGCCUACGAGGUCAUUAAGCACAAGCUAUGCCGGAGAGGGAAGUGCCAGAAGGAGGCCAAAAGGAGCAGCGCGGACAAGGGCGUGGCCCUCAGCCUGGACGACGUCAAAAGACACAACCCGUGCGAGAGUCUCCGGGGCCAUCCUGCCGGGAUGACGUACGCUGCCAACAUCCUACCUCACCAUCCGGCUCGAGGCACGUUUGAGGACUUUACCUGCUGAGCCCCGCAGGCCGCUGUACCAAAGGCCUAGAUGCGGAGGGCUAGGAGAGCAAGGCGGCCCCGGAGGCCCUCUCACAUCUGCCCUGGGGACUCACCCCCACUCCUAGGCAGUCCUUUCCUCUUGUCUGUGGUAAGGAAGGAGUCUUGACCAUAGAGUCCUCUCCCUGCCUCUGUCCCAUUCUUCUAAUUUUUAACAAAACUAAACUAAUCUAAGCAAGAAACUAAAAAGAGAGAACGGGGCAAAGGACCUUGGGCUGCCCCUCUGUCCUCCAUGCUGCCUCCCCUAGCUCCCAGCCUGAUUUCUGUCUGUCUGGCUGUCUAUCAUCUGAGUGUCCACCUACAUUCUGCUGCCACCAGUCACCAAAGUCCCCUCCCAGUGAGGGGUGGAGGGGAUCCCUGGGGUCUGGAAUUUGGCCCCAAACCAGAGAAUGUACCUUAAGGGGGAGGGCUAGUGGCGGGGCUUCCCCAGCCUUAAGAGACCCUCGCAGCCCAGUGACUGCCCCAAACCCAAGUCUCCAGACAGGAACUAAAACCAUAGUCCCACUCCUUCACAUUAUGUGGAAUCUCUAGGGGGUGGGGGAUCCCCUGAAAAAAUGGAGAUGGGAACAAGAUGUGGCCCUGGUGCUAUAGGCCACAUCCUGAUACCUACAAGUUCAUCCCCACCCCAAAGCUGCUGGACAGAAAUCCCAAGAGGCAGCCCUCCUCUACCACCCCAUAAAAAACCUGGCUGGUUAGCUUCCAGCUCAGGGAGAGGGCCACUGGUGCCUGACCUCGCUGGUCCCUCUCCCAGAAGCCCUUGCAUAGGGCCACAUCCAUAAAUUUUCUUAUGGAACUCCCCUAAGACCUCUUCAACUUCAUUUGCUUCUCUCAACAACCUCAUCUGCAUUUUCUAUUUCUAUAUGAUACAGACUCUAUAUUGCUAUAUCUCUGUAUAUACUUUUCCCUAACCCUGUCUGUCUCCGCCCCAUCCCCUCUUGUCUCUGAGAACCAUCCUCCCAUCCGAAGUUCCCUAUUCUGUGUUUCUGCCCCCUCCCUGGUCUCUGAAUGCCUUCGCCUGUAUAAAGAGUUGGACUCUCUCCCCUGGUGUCUGUACUGUGUACACACAUCCCUCUGAGAAGCACAAGGAGAUGACACGCGCAUUGUAACCUUCGCACUGUCUCGGUGGCGACAUAAAGGAAGCUGUGAAUCACAAGCUUUGCCUCUUUCUGGCCUCACCCUCUCCCCCAAGCCGAAGACCCUCUGCCCUUCCUGCAGCCUUAACAUUCCUCUCCCCUGCUCCGCCCAUCCCACUGCCCUUUGCCUGGCUGACUGUGGCCUCCCCAGGGAAUGGGUUACUACAGAGAUACACCCCACCCAGGGGAUGGAGAUCUGCUCUGGACACACAGUCAAGACUGUCAGAGACAGAAGGGAGCUAGGGAUUGGUGACUACUGCAACUGGGGCAGCAAGGUGCUGAUGGGCAAAAGCUGAGGUCCUCAGUCAAUGGCCUUUUUCUCCUUCUGGGUGCCCAGCCCCCUUUCCUCCCCUAAUACCCAAGCCCACCACUUAUAUUUUCUGGCUAGAUAGGGUUUGGUAGUGGGAGGAAAGAGCUAGGCCUAGAGUGGGAGCUGAACACUCUGCUGUUCUGUCCCUCCCUACCUUAAUGAAAGACUAACGAGGUAGAGGGCCUGCUCUAUCAGGCAGUCCUCCCAGGCCAGAGCCCUGACCCCUUCCCAGGCCUCCUCUACCCAGCUGUCUUUUAGGUUUCCAAUCCCAGAGCAGGACCUGGGGCAGGUCACCUGUGCCUUGGCCUGGAGCUGGAGAGUGAGGCUAUAGUAUCUUUAGGAAUUCUUGGUUCCUAGGAAUUCCUUAGAGAUCAGACCUCCCCAAAGGGAAGCAGGAGCAAGGCCAAGACGUGUGCACUGGAUGGGUGAACAGCAGGCAGGGCUCUGAGUGACGCAUGCCUCUGGCCUAAUAAACUGGGUUUCAACCAUC